GACUCCGUCCGUCCGCGCCAUCGUCCCGCCAAAAGCAGAGCAUCCUAAGCCGGCGAGAAGGGAGCGAUGGCCAAAUGCGGCAAGAUACGGAGCAUCGUCCGCCUCCAGCAGACGCUGCAGCGGUGGCGGUCCCGGGCCGCGGCGGCGCCGGUGCCGUCGGGGCACGUGGCGGUGUGCGUGGGCGGCGAGUCGCGGCGGUUCUUGGUGCGCGCGGCGCACCUCAACCACCCCGUGUUCCGGGAGCUGCUCCGGCAGUCGGAGGAGGAGUACGGCUUCCCGUCCACCCCCGGCCCCGUCGCGCUCCCCUGCUGCGACGAGGACCGCUUCCUCGACGUCCUCCGCCGCGUGUCCUCCGAGGGCCGCCUCCUCCGCCCGUUCUGCUGCCGCGUGCCGGUCGUCACCAGCCGCGACGUCGCCGCGCGGCCGUUGCUGCAGGGCAUGACGGUGGAGAAGGUCGUGUGGUGAUCAAUAUAUGGAAGCUGCGCGCCUAGGCCAUUCACUAUGCUCCGUGUGCAUGCAAGCUAGCACCGGCGGUUUGGUUCCGCCGGCGGCAACUGUUCCGUUGGACGCCGACAAGGUUUAAGCAUCUCGUGCGCCUGCCGGAGCCGAGAAGACGAACUGACCGAGCAACCGUGAAUGACGCGCACGGCAAGCGACGACACGUGGGCCGACAGAAGGGCGCGCUCCCGUGCCCGGCGUGAUGGCGAGGCGCCCCAACCGUAGUUCGUCGAGGGCGGCCCGCGUGCGCAUCUGAGGCCGCCGGGGGGCGUGCGGCUAGCAACUACUAGCUCUGUAAUUCUUGACCUUGGCUGAAGGUAGAAGAUUUGUUCCUUUUUACUAAUAAUUGCUUGAAGAGCGUGAUGACUUGGAGAGGAUUAAAUCCACUUCAAUCCCUGCUAAACCCCCUUCAAAUCCCUCUCCACCGAACACAGCCUGAUUGUGUAGAGUCCUCUUUCUGAAAACUUUUGUGAUUGCCGUAACUGGUUGCAUCCUUGCCAGGAAUAAA